CUGGGAGCACGGCUCGGCUCGGCUCAGCUCGGCAUGGGGGGCCCGCGGCGCCUGCUGCUGAUCUCCAACUCCACCCUGCACGGAGGGGGGUACCUGGGCCACUGCCAGCAGCACAUCCAGAGCUUCCUCGGGCAGAAGGUGAAGCGGGUGCUGUUCAUCCCCUACGCCCUGCACGACCGCGACGCCUACGCCCGCACGGCCAGGGAGAAGUUUGAAAGCCUGGGUUAUGGGCUGGACAGCAUUCAUGAAUCCUGCGAUCCAGUGGAAGCCGUAAGGAAAUCUGAAGCAAUAUUUAUUGGAGGUGGGAACACAUUCCGUCUCCUGAAAGCUCUUUACGACAACAGUCUGAUACAUGAGAUCAGGAAGAGAGUUCUUGAGGAUGGGAUUCCUUACAUGGGAUCCAGCGCAGGAACCAACGUUGCUACUGUCAGCAUCAAUACCACCAAUGACAUGCCAAUUGUUUAUCCACCUUCCCUACAGGCUCUAGGAUUAGUUCCUUUUAAUAUUAACCCCCACUACCUGGACCCAGACAUUAAAAGAACUCACAUGGGUGAGACAAGAGAGGAAAGAAUCCGCCAGUAUCAUGAAGAACCAAACACCCCUCCAGUUCUGGGCUUGCGGGAAGGUACGAUGCUGUUAGUGGAAGGAGAUAAAGCCACGCUGCAAGGAGUGACAGGAGCACGUCUGUUUUUGAGGGGUAAGAAACCAACUGAACAUGAGCCUGGAACAGAUUUCAGUUUCCUCCUGACUGACAGCAAUGCCCUGAAUCCAUAGCCUUCCGUAUUCUGCAGCAAAAGUUACUAUAUAGGGAAGACAAUGAGGAAAAAGGAAAGAGAUGCUUGUUGUCCCAGAGUGGGUGGGGUACUUCAGCUGUAUAAAUAAAGUUGAAUAUGCAUUA